AUGGACUUUCUGUGGUCACUUCAGUUCGAGAGCGACGUGGUGUCAGUUCGUACGUUGUGUUAUUUGUCGAUCGAACGCUGCUUCUUCACCUUUUGUCUGAAGGUGGUGACCACAGGGACAGGAGCAGACACAGGGAUCUCCUACCAGGACACCAACUACAGGCGCUCUAUUCCAGCUGAAGAGCGCCUGUCCAUCUGUCUGCGGUUUCUUGCCACUGGGGACUCCUACAGGACCAUUGCGGGGAGCUUCAGAGCGGGCAUAUCCACCGUCUCCAUGCUCAUCCCAGAUGUGGUGGCAGCCAUCUGGGACUGCCUCGUGGAGGAGGUCAUGGCUGUGCCUGGAGCAGAGGAGUGGAGGUAA